CUUUCCUCACACCGCGCCUUCCGCUACCCUGGUUACCGUUGGUGUUUGCGAAUUCCCUGCAGCACCUUCUUCGCAGGAGACUAGCGCCGUUUCGAUACGCGCGCGCCCGCGUCACGUGGGCCGAGGCUCCCUCGCGGUCGCUAGCGGGCUGCUGAGCCGGGAGGAAAGGAGCUGCAGCUACCACUCACCCUCCCGCUGCGUCCUAGGACGGGCGCGCGGAUAAAAAUGGCGAAGUGGGGGUAGCUGGAGCCGAACCCGAAGCGAUGGGGCGCGCGAGUGGGGCGGUCGUCGGAGCCCCCUGACGUGGGCGCUUGGCUGUUCUCCGCGGCGAUUUGACCUGGCGACCUCCGGCCGGCGCCUCAUAGGUCAGACCACGGACUCCGCGGCUCGCCGAGGGCCCCGCCGAGAGCUGGAGGCAAUGGAUGAACAGAGCGUUGAGAGCAUUGCUGAGGUUUUCCGAUGUUUCAUUUGUAUGGAGAAAUUGCGGGAUGCACGCCUGUGUCCUCAUUGCUCCAAGCUUUGUUGUUUCAGCUGUAUCAGGCGCUGGCUGACAGAGCAGAGAGCUCAGUGUCCUCAUUGCCGUGCUCCACUCCAGCUACGAGAACUAGUAAACUGUCGCUGGGCAGAGGAAGUAACACAGCAGCUUGAUACUCUUCAGCUCUGCAGUCUGACCAAACAUGAAGAAAAUGAAAAGGACAAAUGUGAAAAUCACCAUGAAAAACUUAGUGUAUUUUGCUGGACUUGUAAGAAGUGUAUUUGCCAUCAGUGUGCGCUUUGGGGAGGAAUGCAUGGCGGACACACCUUUAAACCUUUGGCAGAAAUUUACGAGCAGCAUGUUACUAAAGUGAAUGAAGAGGUAGCCAAACUUCGUCGGCGACUCAUGGAACUGAUCAGCUUAGUUCAAGAAGUGGAAAGAAAUGUAGAAGCUGUAAGAAAUGCAAAAGAUGAGCGUGUUCGGGAAAUCAGAAAUGCAGUGGAGAUGAUGAUUGCACGGUUAGACACACAGCUGAAGAAUAAGCUUAUAACAUUGAUGGGUCAGAAGACAUCUCUGACACAAGAAACAGAGCUGUUGGAAUCCUUACUUCAGGAGGUAGAGCAUCAGUUGCGGUCUUGUAGUAAGAGUGAGUUGAUAUCUAAGAGCUCAGAGAUCCUCAUGAUGUUUCAGCAAGUUCAUCGAAAGCCCAUGGCAUCCUUCGUUACCACUCCUGUUCCACCAGACUUUACCAGUGAAUUGGUACCAUCUUAUGAUUCAGCUACUUUUGUUUUAGAGAAUUUCAGUACUUUGCGCCAGAGAGCAGAUCCUGUUUAUAGUCCACCUCUUCAAGUUUCAGGACUUUGUUGGAGGUUAAAAGUUUACCCAGAUGGAAAUGGAGUUGUUCGUGGUUACUACUUAUCUGUGUUUCUGGAACUCUCAGCUGGCUUGCCAGAAACUUCCAAGUAUGAGUAUCGUGUAGAGAUGGUUCAUCAGUCUUGCAAUGAUCCUACCAAAAAUAUUAUUCGAGAAUUUGCAUCUGACUUUGAAGUUGGAGAAUGCUGGGGUUAUAAUAGAUUUUUCCGUUUGGACUUACUUGCAAAUGAAGGUUACUUGAAUCGACAAAAUGAUACAGUGAUUUUAAGGUUUCAGGUUCGUUCACCAACUUUCUUUCAAAAAUGCCGGGACCAGCAUUGGUAUAUUACUCAGUUGGAAGCUGCACAGACUAGCUAUAUCCAACAAAUAAAUAACCUUAAAGAGAGACUUACUAUUGAGUUGUCUCGAACUCAGAAAUCGAGAGAUUUGUCACCACCAGAUAAUCAUCUUAGUCCCCAAAAUGAUGAAACUCCUGAGACACGAGCUAAGAAGUCUGGAUCAUGUGCUGACAUGCUUCUCCAGGAUUGUUCUACUACAGCUUCUGUAAGAGAGGUCAAAGAGGAUGAAGAAGAUGAGGAGAAGAUUCAAAAUGAAGAUUAUCAUCAUGAGCUUUCGGAUGGAGAUCUGGAUCUGGAUCUUGUUGGUGAAGAUGAAGUAAAUCACCUUGAUGGCAGCAGUUCCUCUGCCAGUUCCACAGCAACAAGUAACACAGAAGAAAAUGAUAUUGAUGAAGAAACUAUGUCUGGAGAAAAUGAUGUGGAAUACAAUAACAUGGAAUUGGAAGAGGGAGAACUCAUGGAAGAUGCAGCUGCAGCAGGACCUCCAGGUAGUAACCAUGGCUAUGUGGGUGCCAGUAGCAGAAUGUCAAGAAGAGCACACUUAUGCUCUGCUGCUACCAGUAGUUUAUUAGACAUUGAUCCUUUAAUUUUAAUACACUUAUUGGACCUUAAGGACCGGAGCAGUAUGGAAAAUCUGUGGGGCUUACAGCCUCGCCCACCUGCUUCACUUUUGCAGCCUGCAGCAUCAUAUUCUCGAAAAGAUAAAGACCAAAGAAAGCAGCAGGCAAUGUGGCGAGUUCCCUCUGAUUUAAAGAUGUUAAAAAGACUCAAAACUCAAAUGGCUGAAGUUCGAUGUAUGAAAAGUGAUGUAAAGAAUACACUUUCAGAAAUAAAAGGCAACAGUGCUGCUUCUGGAGACAUGCCGGCAAGUCUUCUUUCUGCUGACCAGGCAGCUCUGGCUGCGUGUGGAACCGAAAACUCUAGCAGAUUACAGGAUUUGGGAAUGGAGCUCUUGGCAAAGUCUUCAGUUGCCAAUUGUUACAUACGAAAUUCUGCAAAUAAGAAGAGUAAUUCACCCAAGCCAGCUCGGUCCAGUAUAGCAGGUAGUCUAUCACUUCGAAGAGCAGUAGACUCUGGGGAAAAUAGCCGUUCUAAGGGAGACUGUCAAACUCUAUCUGAAGGAUCCCCAGUAAGCUCUCAUUCUGGGAGCCGGCACAGUCCUCCCCGCGCUUUGACACAUGGCAGUGUCAAUGACAUUCUGCCAAAAUCUGAAGACCGGCAGUGUCAAGCUUUGGAUUCGGAUGCUAUUGUGGUUGCAGUUUUCAAUGGCUUACCUACUGUUGAGAAAAGGAGAAAAAUGGUCACCUUGGGGACUAAUGCUAAAGGAGGUCGUCUGGAAGGAAUGCAAAUGACUGACUUGGAAAAUAAUUCUGAAACUGGGGAAUUACAGCCUAUACUACCCGAAGGAGCUUCAUCUGCCCCAGAGGAAGGAAUGAGUAGCGACAGUGAUAUUGAAUGUGACACCGAGAAUGAGGAGCAGGAAGAGCACACCAGCAUGGGCGGAUUUAGCGACUCUUUCAUGGCACAGCCCCCAGAUGAAGAUACACAUUCCAGUUUUCCUGAUGGUGAACAAAUAGGCCCUGAAGAUCUCAGCUUCAAUGCUGAUGAAACCAGUGGAAGAAAGUCUUCUCCUCCAUUCCUGUUCUGCAGAGCCUCUGCCCAGCCAGAGCCCUUGCCUGAGUCCUGCAGGGCAGUUAAGUGUGUCCCCUUAUGUGCAUCUAGGAAAGCCGCCUCCGUAGGCCUCCCUCACGUUAGUUUCAUUUGACUUGGUGACCCCACAGCCAAUCGUAUUUGGUUUAAUUGUCCACCCUGAGUGCCCUCGUUCUAGGAUCUCCCAGUUUAACAACUGGUAGGAACAACUUUUUCAUCUUUGGUCAAAUUUCAGUUACGUAGAAGGUGGUUUCUCCAGUUACGUAUCAUUCCUGACAAUUUUUCACAUUAAUUUUUUCCCCUGGUCCUAAAGCAGGAUAGAAACAUCAGAACCUUGCACCAUGAAUCAAGGCACAUCUCAUCUGGAGGUUUCACAACUUAGGAGUCUGGGCAACACCUUGCAGACAAGGUGUCCUCAGCUGCCCCGGACAGAGCACUUUCCUGCUCAUCACCCCUUAACAACUGUUUUGGUCUAGAGAAGAACUAGAUUUGUUUGAAAUGUAAAUUUAAAAGGAUCUUCCAUAAGAUUAAUUCCUUGGUCAAGCAAAACUAGGUCUUCCUAAAGUACAACAGAAAAGUGUUCUUUACUAAUUGCUGUCAAAAUUACAGAGGACAAACGUGUAAUGAAAAGAGGAAAUGAACAAUUAAACACCUUAUUUCAGGUGAUUAUACUUGAUAACUUGGUACUCUAGGUAAAUUCCUGUUAUGUUCAGUAAGUUCACUGUACUUAAUGGCUCGCUUAAUAUGUUGCUGUGUGAUGCCGCUUCAGAGAAAUGUUCUUUUGAACUAAGAAUACUAUAGGGUUUUUUACUUAUCAAAACCCUUUCAUUUCCUGCUUUAGCAAACUCUUGCCAGUAUGAUUUUUCAGACCCUCACUUUUUUUCUCAAUUAUUUCCUUGGGUUCUGUAUAAAUCAUACUAGGUACUGAAUGAAUUCAGGAGUUUUUGUUCUGUGAGAUUUUCUCAGACUUAAUGGUUGGUAGGGAGAGGAGAGUAACAGUGCAGUGUAUUGGCUAGAUUUACUUCAUUUUCAGAUUUAAUGCCAUUAUUUCCUUAGAUACAGAUGUCUGGCUUUAACAGCUUCAUUUCUUUCCCCACAUUAACCUUUCUCCCUUUUUAUCUCCUGGUACUCUCUUAAAAGCAUACGUCCUGACAGAGUUUCAGCUACAACUUACCUGAUUAUCGUUAUUUCCCUUCUUUCUUCCAGUUUGAAACUAAGAGGGGAUAGACUAAGGGAAAGGGAAAAACUUAGGUUAGAUACAGAGAACAAAGCAGUUGGGAGAUUGAAGGGGUCAAGUACUUAGCCAUUGGCAGGUCCUGUGCCUCUUCUAUUUUAGAAUAAUAAUUCCCUGCCCCGAUAUUAAACUUACGGAGAAAACAUGUAUGAGAUGUGUCUCUUCUGGUUUUUCUGGGGAGGAAAUAAGUUA